GUGGAAGUCCUCCUCCCUUGGCGUCGCUAGCGUUGCCAUGGUAACCCUGACCCGCAGACGCUGGCCAUGGCUUCUGGGCCAGGCGGGAGCUGGGGUAGCGCCCCACCACGGAGUGCAGACCCUACGCCCUGGGUGACCAUCCUGCAGUCCCUUCCGUCGGCCGUCCCACCCCCGCCCCCGCAGCCGGGCCGCGUGAAGGAAGACUUGCUGGAGCUGAUGAUGCUGCAGAACGCGCAGAUGCACCAGCUGCUGCUGAGCCGCCUGGCGGCGGGGGCGGCGGGAGCGCUGAGCCCCGGGUCAGACUCGCCCAGCGAGCAGGUCUACCUAGAGGACCAACUGGAAGAACUGCAGGAGGAGAUGGACACUCAGGAGGAAGAGCCUGUGGUGUUCCACCACCACUACCUGCCCUGUUCAGUGCCCUCCCUGGGAUCCCUACUACUCUGGCCAGCCCCUUUCCUCCCCCCUCCCCCACAUCAGCCCCUCUUGCAGGAUGCACCCAGGAUUCAGCACUGGCCUCCUGCCUCCAGGAAAAGGGGGAUGAGAGCUGUGCCACCGCCCCCACCCCCCAGUGCCACAGGGACUGUGGGUGCAGAUGUACCUCCUGCUUCAGAUUACUAUGAUGCUGAGAGUAUGCUGUGAAGAUGGGUGCUCGUGGGGACCAUGCCUGCUUCAGUGCAAGACAGAGAACAGCCUGGAAGCUUCCAGCUGCCCUUGUGCUGUCUGCCAACUCUGCAUCCACGCUGACAUCCUUUCUCACCGUCUCAACCUCAGCCAGGCCCUCUCCUCCCUGGUGGAUCAGCCCCUCUCCACCCACUGUGGGUUUUUAUAAAAUAUUUAUUUUUUA